ACCAGCAAGUGACAGAUAUUCAUAUCAACAGUUCACACACAGGAGUAUCUGAAACAUUUUCGAUGUUACGCCAACAAUACUGGAUACUGGGUAGUCGCAAUCUCAUUCGAAAGAUAGUUUUUAGUUGCAAAACUUGCUUCAUGCAAAGCCGUCUUCGUAGCAACCAGCUGAUGGGUGACUUGCCUGUUGAACGAAUUCAACCAACUGGACCAUUUACGAACUCAGGGUUGGACUAUGCCGGUCCCUUCACUAUUAAAUUCUCGAGUGGUCGCAAUCCGAAACUCACAAAGACAUACGUGGCGUUGUUUCUGUGCUUUUCAACGAAGGCUGUGUAUUUGGAGGCUGUGAGUGACCUCACAACUGAUGCCUUUCUUGCAGCUCUGAGAAGAUUUGUUUCUCGAAGAGGACGCUGUGCCAAUCUCUAUAGUGACAAUGGCACCAAUUUUCAAGGUGCACGAAGAUGUUUGACAGAGAUGCACAAGCUGGUUAUGUCACAACAGCAUAAUAGCAUCAUAUCUACAUCACUUGCUCGAGAGGGAAUCAACUGGCACUUCAUUCCACCUUCUGCUCCUCACUUUGGUGGGUUGUGGGAGGCGGGAGUUAAAUCAAUGAAGUUUCACCUUCGUCGAGUUGUUGGUUCAUCUUUAUUAACUUUUGAGGAGCUUUCCACAGUGUUAAGUCAAAUUGAAGCCAUUUUAAACUCUCGCCCUCUUUGUAGCAUUUCUGACAAUGAUUUAAAUCCACUAACACCAAGUCAUUAUCUUAUAGGUGAACCUCUUACCUCAAUUCCAGAACCAAUCGUUGAAGACAUUCCCCAAAAUCGGUUAACUCAUUGGAACCUUAUGCAAAAAAUGGUACAAGGAUUUUGGCGGCGUUGGCAUAUGGGAUAUCUUACAACACUGCAGGAUCGAAAAAAGACUUGGGACUUGGUCGUUAUAAAGGAGCCUAAUGUACCUGCUACCAAAUGGGUACUUGCUAGAGUGGAAGACGUUACACCGGGUGCAGAUGGUAUUGUGCGAGAUGCCACUAUUAGAACUGCAAAUGGUACAUUCGUUCGACCCAUAACAAAACUUGCGCUACUCCCUGCCAACUGAAACAUCGUUCCAGGAGGGGAGGGAUGUUCCGGAUUGAUCAUCAUAAAUAUUUUCAUUUAACAUAUCUUUUCGAUUCAUCAUAAAUCUUUUCAUUUAACAUAAAUUUAUUGACUCAAUGUAUUCCGAAUAAUUUUCUCAUUUACUUGCACAUGUAUUUGUAAGCAUAAACCAGUAUUUUCUUAUCACUAUUGUAAGUGCAUUUUGUAAAGCUAAUUUGCAUAAUUUUGAACAAUAAUCUCGUUCACUUGGAUCGUGACAACCAGCAAGGUAACACCUGUCUACAAAAUUGUAAAAUACAUAUUGAAUUAUUGAA